AUGAAAAGCCAACAUAUCGCCGUAUUACCUAACGAUUGGCUCGAAUACUUGGGAAGCCAUCGCAUUUUCGAGCUAACGGCCGCCGAAUCAGCACAAGCCGCACACACCUUUGAUCGCGCCAAUCAGUUCGAUUCGUUUGCGCAGCAGUAUGAUACGCGUGUCAUUGUUCUACGAGGCAACGAUCUGAUUGUUGCCGUUGGAUCUCAACUGCGUUUACUCGAUUUGAACGAAGUCAAAGAUGCAUGGAUCAACAUUGCGCCUCAGUUUAUUGAUGCUGGUAAAACUGAUACAAAAUGGUUGCUUGAAAUUCCGUACAAGACUUUGGCGACUCCUACAAUUGAUUUCAGAAUUGAAUCACUCAUUGUCAACAGCACCGGUACCUUACUUGCUGUGUGCGGACAGCAACGACUUUCGAUCGUCUGUUUGCCUCCGUCUGGCUUUUCCCCUACGACUACCUAUUCGCCUGAAGGUCAUGUUGAAUGCAAAACGUUUUCGGUGGGCCAAGAAAUUUUCGGCGAAAGCAGACGCGUUGUGAAAGCAUUGUGGCAUCCACUGAGUGAAACAAAGACUCAUAUCAUGGUGCUCAGCUCUGACAGCGUAUUACGUAUGUUCGAUGUCAGCGGAAACAUUGACGAGCCAGAGCAGUUGUACGAUCUAUCACCAUCGUUUCAAAACAGUGCCGCUAGCCGCCGACCUAGCCGUGGUAUUACCUUAGACGAUGGACUUGGAAUGGAAGAAGAAGCUGUUACUUUCACAUUGGGUGGCAAAAGUGAAGAAGGCAGCGCGUGGGAGCCAUUCACAGUAUACUUUGCCCUGCGAAAUGGUCAUACUUAUGCUCUGUGCCCAGUACUUCCCUUCAACAGCGUUGUCCGCAAUCAGCAUCUGGAGACCCUUGCUUGUGUGGUGGACGCCAAAACGACUCGUCUGUUGGAACAAAAGAUGGAUAAUGAGAAUGACUUGGAAUCGAAGGCGCUGUAUUAUCUACUGAGACUACAAUCCCAAUGGCUUGGCGACCUUUUGGAGUCGGUUACGCCAGUGGAUGGGGACAAUGUUGCUGUCAAGAGCAAUGAUGCAUGUAUACCCUUCCCUAUCCAACGACAAGGACCUUUCCGGGUUGAAGGAAAAUCACAAUUAAAUAGUAAUUCAAACGAAGUCAGUGACAUACUCUUUAUCAAGGCUGAACCUGCCAACAUUAUCGCCAUGGCAUACACAAACGGCAAGAUUAAGAACCAUAUCCUUGAAUCCGAAAUCGAUCCACAGUGGCUAAUGCCAACCACUAUCACUGAUAAAAACGAUUGGAAAUAUCAGCUCGGAGUGUUCCUGUUCUCUGCAGACAUAUUGCCAAAGGCAACCGUUCAUGAGACAAUCGACCUAAAAGUAAAGACACCCACAUCUGUGGGGCUGGUACUUGAUCCGCUCUACAGUGACACCUACUAUGCAUACCACCGAGGAGGAUUACAUCGAUUGGCCUUGACGAAGCUUGUUGACAAUCUCGCGGUUCUUGAACAAGCAUUUGCUUCAACAACAAAUCGUAACGAGUUCACCAGUGCUCUGCAAGAAUGGUCUGGCAAGGAUAACAGUGCUGAAGUUAAAUGUCUGAUUGAAUCUUCGGUGGCCAACUCUGACGUCCCGUUGCUUGGCAUUGUUAUUAUCACGGACAUUUACCUGACUUACUCAAUACUUGCGCUUCCUCGCUCAUACCGACUUGCCACUGUGGAGCUGGGUCUUCGACAAUCCGGUGUAGAUACGGGUUUGAAUACGUCUAAGCAAUAUACUUCCAGCGAAUCCGACAACGAUACGGUAUCCAAUGGUGCCUCCUUGCUCGCCAAGUCGCCCUUCACUGUACCCUCGACUGACGCCGCUCCGCCAAAGAUUGUCAUUCCACCGGAAUAUGCAGGCAAAAAAGAAAUUGUUAUUACUGAAGACUCGUUGUUGUUCAUGCAGAAAACCACCGAAAAACUGUAUGGAAGCAUUAAGGAGCUCACAAAGUUCAAGAUGAAGACAGAAAAACGACUGGCUUUGCAACAAAUGGAACUUACUCGACAGAUUGAAGAUAUCCGAAAACUCUGUGAUCGUUUGGAACAGCAACAUAUCCAGGAUGAACAGCGUGACAAAAUACUAGCAGCAGCACAGAGUCAUGGCAAGCUUGCAUUGCGCAUCGAUAGUGUAUUACGCAAAGUGUUGGGCAGCUAUCUGCCUGACAUGUCCAACGAGGAGAAAAAGUGGUUUGAAGGGCUUCAAGAGAUCCAGAAAACGCUUGACGGCGAUCGAGGAUAUCUCGAAAGAAUCGGAUUGAUGCAAUCCCAGGUAUCGACUUUACGAUCGCGGAAAACACAGUUCAGCGGCGUUGCGCUUGGUGGUACUGGCGGACAAAAGAAACCCCAGCUUUCUUCGGCACAAUUGGCUAGCGUACGAAAGGUGUUGGAUGAACAGGCAAUUCUCGUACAAGAAGCCAAAGAGAAGAUUAGCUCCCUUGAGACGAGCCUCACCCCGUCUGCUUCAUAA